AUGAUUGAAGAAAUUGAUGGUGUUGUUGAGGUGAAUUCUGAGGCGCAAGUAACAGAGGAAGAAAAGAAUGAUGUUUGUUCGCCUGUUGACAGCUCCCCUGACAUCCUGGAUGAGAAUGGCUUCUAUAUAGAUGAAUGUGGUGCUAUUGAGGCUGUUUUAAUAUUUUGUGAAGAGAAAGAGGGUACGCAAAUUGAUUUAAAUAGAACAGUUGAUGUUGAAAUUGUGCAUCGCUGUGAUGAUGUUAGAAUGAUGAGCCGGGUUGAUAAUGCUAUGGUCAAUUUGAAUUCCAAAUAUAAUUUUGAUAUUGUUGAUGAUGUGCUUUCCGUUCAUGUUGACCCUAGUGGAUCAGAAUGCACUAGGAAUGUUGAUUUUGGUGACUGUAGUGUGACUUCUAAUGAGAUGCUGCCAAUGAAUGAGUCGAAUGAUGUUUUCGUCGAAACCAUGUGUGACUCUGAUGGUCUUAUUGAAGUUAAGAAAAAGGAGGGGGUAGCAAAUGUUGAUUUACAAGCUGCAAACUUGAGUUCGACGGCUGAAAAGACCAUUCUGAAUUUGACUUGUGAAUUCCCGCGUGAUCCGUGUUCCUUAAUUGAUGUCAAGGCUGGUUCAUAUGAGUUUUUGAACUCUUUGAUUGGUAUAAAUGUUUGCUGGCUAUCCAAUAUUGAUCAGUGGAGUUGUACCUCGAGUGAAACUGAUAUUUUGCAUUUUACAAAUGAUGUUGUUAUUGCUAAAUUUGAGCAUAAGUGUAAGUGCAGUAUGAUUUCUGUUGAUUUGAUGUUAAAUGAUGUGCUUAAUUCCUUCGGAGAUGAUUAUGAAAUUCUAGUCAGUGAGGGAGGAACCGAAAAUAUGUUUGACAGAGUGCUUAACUGUUAUUUGGGGGGACCUAAAAUCAACAGAGCUUUUUUCAGUGAACCUAAUGAAACUGUUGCAAUCUUUUUUCUUGAGUUUGAUAACAUGCUUGAUCAUAUUAUCAGUGAAUGUCAUUCUGGGAAUUGGUGGCUUAUAGAUCUCUAUCUUAGUUUUAGCAAGGGUAUACUUAGUGAGGGAGAAAUUGUGAAACUCCAGUUGCCUGCGAAGGUUCUUGAUGGAUUAGAAUGUCUUAUGGAUGUUGUUGAUGAAAAUUCUUCGAUUGAUUACUUCAAUGAAGUUGUGCAUCACAGUGAUGACUAUGUGUUGCUUGAUUCUAUAAAUGGUGUACCUGUGAGCUCUGUUGAGUGUGAUAUUGUCGAUGAGCUGAAUGGUACCAACCUUGUGAAUCCUGUGAAAAUUUUUUAUUCUGCCAAUGAUUGUAAUUUCCUGAUUGAAGUUAAUGCUGAUGGUGAUUUCGAGUAUUUCAAUCUGUCUCUAGUCAUAAGGAACGAUAUCGGUGUUGAAUUUUCAUUUGUAGCUAAUCUUAUGGCUGCAGGGGACAUGGUUACAUCGAGUUCUGUGGUUGAGGUGAUUGAAAUUAAGCUGUCACAAAAUAGUAAGCUCAGCGGAGUUCUGAUUAGGAUUGAAAUUAAUAGUAAACAUCUUGCUGAUCUUUUUGGCUUUUUGGUGUAUUUAGUUGUGUUGAGUGCAACCCUGACAUUAAGAUUAGUGCAAACUAUUGACAAGGAAAGUAAGGUUAGUUUUAUUGAGAAAGAAACCUAUUUGGGUAGUUGGUUCAAAGCAGAAAAUGAAGUAAUUGAAAUAGGAAUUAUUCUCUUGAUUGUUGAUAUUUCUGUAAUUUUUAAAAAUGUUUAUGGAGAGCUCUUACAACUUGGUGAUGAAUUUGGGGGAUUAGGAUUGUGGUUUUGGAAUCUGAGACCAGUAAAGGUAGCUGCAAUGAACUAUGAUUUUGAUCUUAUGUUUGAUAUGCUUCUGUGGUAUUGGGAUGUAAUUUUCUAUUUCUCUCCAAAACUCGAGAACAAGGUUAAUAUUAAGGGGAAGGGAAUAAUUAUCAAGGUUCUUUUGCAUGCUUGGGAGAUUACAGAAUGUAUUCUUCCAGCCUAUCUCAGAGCUGAGAACUCAAGUGGAAGCAAUGUGAGCUUUAACUUUGUGAAUGAGGAGAAAACAGCUACUGCUAGCAUUCCGAUGGCAAUCGCAAUCACGGCCAAAACCCGACACCGGAGUUGUUUGAUUCGAAGGAGGACCCGUCGUAGUAUCCUCAAUUUCCGGUGUUGCUCCGCUUCCUCCUCCUCAUCAAUGCCUCUUGAGGUUGAGGACCCCAUUUCCCACGUGACGCCAUCCCCUCCUCUUCCUCAGGAUUGUUUAUCGUACUCUAGAGCAUUUUGGGUCAGUAAAUCGGUCGUUGCUUGGAAUGUGGAAGCUGAAAAUGGCUCCUGUUUCUUAUAUGCUAGCGGAACUGCUGACUUAUUUGUUGCAGACAACGUAAUUCAAGGUUAUGAUGUCAAGAUUGAACUCCGAGGACGUGAUGGCGGGCUUCCGCAGUAUGUGAUUGAAAAAUUUCCCCAUAUCCGGGACUAUAAUGCUUUCACCCUUCCUCCCAAUCUGGAUGUGCAAAGUCUACUCAAAUGCCAAUUGGCUGUUGCACUUUCCAGCGGCAAUGGAAGUUGCACCAGUGCCACAAGUUUGCAGCUACCUGGCGUCCUUGAUGAGUUGUUCUCUUAUAAUGGACCACUUGGUGCUAUUUUUUUAGAUGAUGGGGUUUCUCUCAACUUGUGGGCACCUACUGCUCAAUCAGUGCAUGCUCUAAUUUACAAGGACCUGUCUUCGGGUGAUCCCCCGGAAAUUAUCCAGCUAAAGGAGUUGAGUGGAGUUUGGAGUGCCAAGGGGCCAAAAGAUUGGGAGGGUUGUUAUUAUGUUUAUGAGGUUUGUGUCUACCAUUCAAGCACAUUGCAGAUUGAGAAAUGCAUGGUCAAUGACCCUUAUGCAAGAGGGCUUUCAGGAGAUGGUCGACGGACGCUUCUAGUUAAUCUCAAUUCUAGUUCACUUAAACCGGAAGGAUGGGAUAAUUUAGCUGAUGAGAAACCCGGCCUCCUUUCUUUUGCUGAUAUCAGCAUCUACGAGUUGCAUAUUAGGGAUUUCAGUGCCAAUGACUACACCGUGCACCCCGAUCUUCGUGGUGGUUAUCUAGCCUUUACUCAGAAUUCUGCAGGUGUCCUCCAUUUAAAGAGAUUAUCUAGUGCCGGUAUCACACAUGUGCAUCUAUUGCCUACAUUCCAGUUUGCUGGUGUUGAUGAUGAAAAACAGAAAUGGAAACAUGUGGAUUGCCGUCUGCUCGAAUCCUUUCCUCCAGAUUCAGAUCAGCAACAGGCUUAUAUCACAGCUAUUCAAGAUGAUGAUGGGUAUAACUGGGGAUACAAUCCUGUUCUUUGGGGAGUCCCUAAGGGUAGCUAUGCGAGUGAUCCAAAUGGUUCAUGCCGUAAUUUGGAGUUCCGGAAGAUGGUACAGGCUCUAAACCAAAUAGGUCUUCGGGUUGUAUUGGAUGUUGUUUAUAAUCAUGUCCAUGGAAGUGGCCCCUUUGAUGAGAACUCAAUUCUGGACAAGAUUGUACCGGGUUACUACCUCAGAAGGAAUAUUGAUGGUUUUAUUGAGCAGAGCACAUGCACAAACAACACAGCCAGUGAACACUUCAUGGUUGAACGUCUCAUCCUUGAUGAUCUCUUGUGCUGGGCUAUUCAUUAUAAGGUUGAUGGAUUUCGAUUUGACCUGAUGGGACAUCUGAUGAAACAAACUAUGGUGAAGGCAAAGGCUAUGCUGCAGGGCUUGUCCAAGCAGCUAGAUGGAGUUGAUGGCUCAAGUAUCUAUUUAUAUGGAGAAGGUUGGGACUUUGGUGAAGUUGCCAAAAAUGGACGAGGGGUUAAUGCGUCACAGCUCAAUCUUCCUGGAACUGGAAUAGGAAGCUUCAAUGAUAGGAUCCGAGACGCAUCCCUUGGUGGUUCUCCAUUUGGUCAUCCUCUCCAGCAAGGUUUUGUCACUGGUCUUGUGUUGGAGCCAAAUGGUCAUGACCAUGGAACUAAAGGUGCUGCCGAGCAUAUGCAUGCUGUAUCAAAGGAUCACAUUCAAGUUGGAAUGGCGGCAAACCUUAGGGACUUCGUGUUGACCAAUUUUCUUGGUCAAGAGGUUAAAGGAUCUGAAGUCUUAACUCAUGACAGGGUACCUGUAGCAUAUGCAUUGGGGCCAACCGAAACUAUCAAUUAUGUUUCUGCGCAUGACAAUGAGACUCUGUUCGACAUUGUGAGUUUGAAGACUCCAGUUGAUAUCCCUUUGGAAGAUAGAUGCAGGAUGAACCAUUUGGCUACUAGCAUAGUGGCACUUUCUCAGGGCAUACCUUUUUUUCAUGCUGGUGACGAAUUACUCCGUUCAAAAUCACUUGAUCGUGAUUCAUAUAAUUCUGGAGAUUGGUUCAACAGGUUAGAUUUUAGCUAUAACAGUAACAACUGGGGUGUUGGUCUUCCUCCAAGAGGGAAAAAUGAACAUAACUGGCCACUAAUUAAAUCUAGGCUUGCUGUUCCAGAUUACAAGCCUCAAAAAUGUCACAUCGUUGCUGCUGUUGAAAACUUUUUGAGUCUCAUUCAAAUCAGAUAUUCGUCACCACUCUUUCGGUUGAGGACAGCUAAUGAAAUCCAGGCGCGAGUGAAAUUUCACAACACCGGUCCAUCAUCAAUCCCGGGGGUCAUAGUCAUGAGCAUUACUGAUGGUUACGAAGGAAUUCCAGGGCUAACUGAAAUUGAUCACUGCUACUCAUCUAUUGUGGUUAUUAUGAAUGCUCGGCCGACUGAUGUCACAUUUAAUAGCCCUGUUUUACGGGCAAGAACUCUUGAAUUGCAUCCGGUGCAGAUGGUCUCAACUGAUGACAUUGUCAAGAAAUCCACAUAUGAUGCAUCCUUAGGGUGUUUCCAGGUCCCUGCAAGAACAACAUCUGUAUUCGUAGAGCCCCGAGGUGCAUAA